AUGUCAAGAAGCGCCUCGACCGAACCACCACCGAACCAGAGCCCCAUCCCUUCCAUCCUCGUCCGAAGCGCAUCACCCCGUGGACCGGAACAGUCUCUGACAAGCUCCCUGGCCCAUAACCCUCAUCUCCCGGAGACUCCACCGUCCUCGACUCUCCAGGUACCCAAAAGAAGCAGCCAGAAGCGUACCUAUUCCGAAGCGAACCUUUCAACCGCGGAAAACGUCCCAAGGAAGAUCAUGGCUCCUCGAUCCUCCAAGAAGGAAGGCGAGUCUAGUUCCAAGAAGUUGAGCGCUUCCUCGUCUGUUUCCAAAGCCAAGUCUAAGUCUAAGCCGACGACGGAUGACUGGACCGAGGUCACCGAGCCUGAAGAGAGGCGCCGAAUUCAAAACAAACUUGCGCAAAGAAAAUUCCGUACGUAUCAGGUCCCCUCUGCAACCCCCAUCACAGACCCAUUUCAUCCCAGAGCAUCACCGCGCCAGUCCGCUUACACGCACCUUGUGUCCAUUAUAGGUGAAAAGAAUCGAGAGAGCAAGGAACGGGCGGAGCGUGACGCCAGGAACCAGCAGCACGCAGGCAGCUGCUACCAAGUCCCCGCGCCAAGCGACGUGACCUCUGAGCAUGAAGUAUCCGGCCUUCCGUGGGGAACUUUCUCUAUGCGACACGUAGUCUCUCGAGGCCACGAAGCUGAAAGCCGACGAAGCAGUGGCAGGGACGACUACCUUCGCGAAGACGGCCGAUACCAGCCAACCCCGUUUGCCGAAAACAUGCCUUAUUCUGCAGGAGCGCCCUCGUAUCAGCAGCACGGCGGGAGUUUUGGCGGAAGCAGCACGGGGAGGACGGCUACUACGAGACAGACCCGCAGUUAUUCUAUGACUACGGUUCCUCAGGUAUCCCAACCCACCAGCAGCAAUACCCUCCACCUCCACAGCAAGGUGGGAAAUGACAAGAGCACGUAG